AUGCCAGCGGCCGCUGUGGGCAAGGCCCCCAAGGUCAAGGCCCUGCGCCCCGGCCAGGUCGUCACCAACACACUCGGCACCGGCGGUGCCUCCAAGCCCCGGGGCUACAGCUCCUUCAUCGAGUUCUACCGCGCCGCGACCCGCGCGCGCGACCCGCCCUGCUUCGCGGCCGGCUGCCGGGGGCGCGGCACGAGCGGGGGCCACGUGAAGCUGGCGCCGUCGCCGCUGCUGGCGGCGUUCAAGCUGAGCUGGUACAUCGUUCCGGCCUGUCCGGCCCACAACAAGCGGUCGUCCUGCGGGUCGUACCAGGUCAAGGCUGGAACCCUGGCUGUGCGCGUGGAGACAUCCUUGGCGGACCGCGUGUGCAGCCUCCCCGCUGACGGCAAGAAGCUGGUGGCAGCUGCCAUGGGCAAGCACCACCUGUGA